ACUACGAAUUGCUUACUGGAAAUUACAGUUCCAACAGGACACACCUUUCAUGGGAAGGUCGUCCCCCUUCCUUGUAUGACCACAUCGCACGCACGYACGCUUUGUUUUUGUUUUAUGGUUGAUUACCAAGUUCGAAUUCCAACAAUGACAUCUUAAUAAUAUUGCAAUAUUUUUGCAACUUGAUCUAUUGCCGGGAAGUCCGGUUGCAGAUAAAGACAUGGAACACUGAGCCACUGAGUUUCCAAUCGAAACCAUAGCUAAUGUACUAUGUUUGGUCUACCAGUCCGCUGGGGGGCGGUAGCACCUUUGCUUUUAGGAGGUUUUCCAGAAACACCGUUAAUGUAACUACAGAGGAAGAGGUAGGCCCUUUCAAGUCUCACGCACAACCCGCGUAAACAAAGCUAGCUAGCUAACUAACAUUUGACAGAAGUAGAAGAACCAGCAUAACAAAAUAGAGCAAGGACUGACUUGCUUGGGCUUUCCUUGCACCAUGGCUCGACCACUGGGAGAAAGCCAUAAAAGKUUCCUGCAAACCAUGAUGGUCAAUGGGAUCAUUGAUGGUGCCAAGGCAAGGGCUCUCCACCGGCAUUGCUGUGAGACACACGGUGCACACUAUGCUCAUGAUAAACUUGAUGAAUUCAUUGAGGUUAUCAAUGCCCAGCUGCAGCCCAUGUUCAUGCAGAUCAGAAAAGGGAUGUCUGAGGAGGAUGGUCUUCAGUACCAUGCUUUGGUGAACAUGGCUGAAACUGAUGUGACCAGGAUGUCAACUGAUUAUGCAGACAACGAGUUGGAAUUAUUCAGAAAAACAAUGGACCUGAUUGUGGACUCUGACAAUGGAACCGCCUCUUCCACAGACAUUCUUAACUGUGCCGACAGCCUCCAGACAAAGAAGCUAAAGAAAAGAGAAACGGAACAUGUACUGAACAGGCUUGUUCAGGAUAAGUGGCUGAAUGAGAAAAAUGGUGAAUACUCUCUCUCCACUCGAUGUAUAAUGGAGAUGGAGCAAUAUAUUCGGAUGUUAUAUCAAGACCAGGUCAMGGUCUGCCACAUCUGUCACAAUGUGGCCUUGCAGAUUCCCAAACUCACUUUUCUCAAUCCCCUGCUCUCUGUUCAAAGAUGUGUGAAAAUCCUACAUGUGGCAUCAAAAUCCACACCCCUUGUGUCGCCAGAUACUUCAAAGGAAGGACUGAUCCACGAUGCCCUGCCUGUGAGGACUUCUGGCCACAUGAGAUCCCAGGUGUGUAUAGACCUCCGUCCUCUCAGAGCGAGACUCAGUCAGCAGCCAAAGAGAACACGGCCCCCACCCCCACUCCUCGGUCUACAGCUCAGACCCGGAGGACCAGGAGAUUAUAACCUCACGGAUGCAUGUAUAGCUGUCAGAACUUUCAGUACAAUGUUUUGCCUUCAUUCAAAUGUACAGUUUAUCGUACAGAUAAAUUGAGUUAAGUUGAAAAAACGUUUUUAUAAUUGUAUAUCAAAUGUUAGAUUCUUUCAGGAGAACAUCUUUCAUUGAAUCGCCAAUGGUCUCCCGUGAGCUCCACUCUUAACUUGAUUAUCUUAAUUUUAUUAAGUUACUUUCUAGGGGAGCAAUUCUGGGAAGUGUGGCAACUACUUCAAUCAUUCUUUCAGGCAGUUUAAAUGGAAAGCUGUGUUUACAUAAUUUGUGCCUGUGGUUCAUUAGGUUGUUAAAUUAGAAUAGUACUGCCAUAUUUGAAUAAAUUAUGGAAAUUACCUAA